AUGAAGUCCAUCGCAGCAACGACGAUUCCCGCGCUCGCGAUGCUCUUCUUCUCCUCCCCCACCGUCGCCAGCCCCGUUGAUAGAAGCCACCCCAUCCCACGCGCCCAGACCUACGGUGACAAUGACUACGCUCGAAUCUGCACAGACGACAGUCUCGACAAUUCUACGGACGGCGACAACUUUUGCACCAUCGCGUGGUUCAUCCCGGACCAGUGCAAGAACAUGGACGACCCCAUGAACGACUCCAUCACGGCGCUCGACGCGCGGGGCUUUGACUGCGCAUUCUUUCGCGAUAUCGAUUACAAGGGUGGCUCGUUCUCGACUACGGGCCAGAUCCUGAAUCUGAAGAACAAGCAUAAGAACGACGACCCCAACGAUGUGGACUUUAACGACGUGAUCAGCUCGAUGAGUUGCAGCUAUGUCUCAUGA